CUCCCCGCCCGGCUCCCCGCCUUUCCCCUCCUCGCGCAGGCGCAUGCGCGCCGCCCCCCCCCUCGGCCGGCGGGGAGGGGGAUGCGGACGGGGGAAGAUGGCGGCCUCGAACAACCCGCGGAAAUUCAGCGAGAAGAUCGCGCUGCACAACCAGAAGCAGGCGGAGGAGACGGCGGCCUUCGAGGAGGUCAUGAAGGACCUGAGCCUGACCCGCGCGCACCGGCUACAGCUGCAGAAAACCCAAUAUUUGCAACUGGGACAGAGUCGUGGCCAGUACUACGGUGGGUCUCUGCCAAAUGUGAAUCAGAUUGGAAACAGUGCCAUGGAUCUGCCCUUCCAGACUCCGUUCCAGUCGUCGGGGUUGGACACGAGCAGGACGACCCGGCACCACGGGCUGGUGGACAGAGUGUACCGGGACAGGAACCGCCUGGGCUCCCCCCACCGCCGGCCCCUCUCCGUGGAUAAACAUGGAAGACAGGUGGACAGCUGUCCCUAUGGAACGGUGUAUCUGUCCCCUCCGUCGGACACGAGCUGGAGAAGGACAAAUUCUGAUUCUGCCUUGCACCAGAGCACCAUGACUCCAGCUCAGCAGGAAUCCUUCUCUGGGGGUUCCCAGGACAUGCAGCAGAAAAGAGUUUUGUUGCUGACUGUCCCUGGAAUGGAGGAAGGUGCCUCAGAUGCAGACAAAACCCUCUCCAAGCAAGGCUGGGACACUAAAAAGACUGGGUCAUCCAGACCUAAAUCAUGUGAAGUUCCAGGAAUCAACAUCUUCCCCUCAGCCGACCAGGAGAACACUACAGCCCUGAUUCCUGCCACGCACAACACGGGCGGCUCCCUGCCCGACCUGACCAACAUCCACUUCCCUUCCCCGCUCCCCACGCCGCUGGAUCCCGAGGAAUCCACCUUCCCAGCCCUCAGUAGCUCCAACAGCACCGGGAAUCUUGCUGCCAACCUGACUCACUUGGGCAUCAGCACUGCCAGCCAGGGAAUGACGACGACGCCGGCCCCUUCCCAGCAGCACCGCCCGCCCACCGUGAGCCCCCUGUCCUUGGGCGCGGACUCCAGGCGACCACAGUCCCAGCAAAUGUCCCCCACGCUCUCCCCUCUGUCCCCCAUCACUCAGGCCGUGGCUAUGGAUGCAUUGUCCCUGGAGCAGCAGCUUCCCCCCUACCCCUUUUUCACCCAGACGAGUUCCCAGCAGCAGCAGCAGCCACCAGUGGCCAGUUCCCUGCCCCAGAACCCCCCGAUCCUGCCGAGCUCGGGGCUGCAGAGGGGCCCUCAGCUCCCCCCUCUCUCCGUCACGGUACCUUCCACCAUCCCACAGUCGCCUCCGGGGAGCCAGAGCCAGCCCUCCAUGGGGAUAGACAUCAACUCGGCCUCACUCCAGCAGUACCGCAGUAAUGCUGGAUCCCCAGCCAACCAGUCUCCCACCUCUCCUGUCUCCAAUCAAGGCUUCUCUCCUGGCAGCUCCCCUCAACAUUCUUCCAUGCUGGGCAGUGUUUUUGGGGACUCCUAUUAUGAGCAGCAGAUGACAGCUAGGCAGGCUAAUGCCCUCUCCCACCAGCUGGAGCAGUUCAACAUGAUCGAGAACGCCAUCAGCUCCAACAGCCUCUACAGCCCCUGCUCCACCCUCAACUACUCCCAGGCUGCCAUGAUGGGACUGACGGGCAGCCACGGCAGCCUCCAGGACUCGCAGCAGCUCAACUACUCCAGCCACGGGAACAUCCCCAACAUCAUCCUGACAGUGACAGGAGAAUCUCCCCCCAGCCUAUCAAAAGAACUGACCAGCUCUCUGGCGGGCGUGGGGGACGUCAGCUUCGACACGGAUUCCCAGUUCCCCCUGGACGAACUCAAAAUUGACCCCUUGACCUUGGAUGGACUGCACAUGCUCAACGACCCCGACAUGGUCCUCACCGACCCCGCCACAGAGGACACGUUCCGGAUGGACCGGCUGUGAGGGGACCGGGGCCACCGGGGCCGCCCCGCGCGUCCCCCCCCCCGGCCCCCCAGUCGCGCUUGUCGUCCCGAGCUUGCCGCGCUGCAGCCCCCCCGCCCCGCCCGGCGUCCCCCCCGCGCUGCCGGUCACCAGUAAGGAGUUUCCAUCAGCCUUUCCCUCCCUUUUUCCCCUCCUUCCUCCCCCCCCCCCCGAAAAAGCUCCAGCGUGACGUUGUCGGUGUCUCCUUUGCACUAAGGGAAGGGGCUGAGGAAGGUCGAGAGGUUUCCGGCGCGAACACCUUGAUUUUUUUGGCUGCUGGUUGAGGCGGGGAGGGGACGCCCCGUGUGUGCCCCCUGCCCUGUCCCCUCCAGCAGCACCCCUGGCGUUGUGACUCUGCUUUGUGACACCUCCUUUGAAGGCUGAAAGACUCCUUCCUUCCCCCCCCCCGUGCUGUGUUUGUCCCCAGGUGUGUCCCCACCCUGGUGUCCCCUUCCCUCCUCAAAGCAGAGCAGCCAAAACCCCCCAAAAAAUCCACCAUAAACACUAUUUUCCCAGCUUUUUUUUUUUGUUUGUUUGUUUUUAAUUUUUUUUUCUAGUUUUCUUGUUUUUUUAAAAUAUAUAUGUAAUAUAUAUAUAUUUCUAUAUAUGUCUACAUAUAUAGAGAGCAUUUCUGAGCACACAAAAAAGUACUAUAAUUCAUUACUUGAUUAGCACGGAGGAAGGAUCAGAGCAUUUUAAAGCAGCUAAAAAAAGAAAAAAAAAAUAUAGAGGAGACUAACCUGCAUAAUUCUAAUUUUACUCUGUGAGAGAGAUUCCUGGGCAACAGGAAGGGCAUUCCCAUAGCAAUGCCAGGCUUGUUAGAAUCAUGAUGACUUAUUUUUUAUUUUUUAUUCAUUACUUAUUCUGUUACUUAUUUAUGAUUCUUUUGUCGUUGUCGUUGUUCUUUUUUUUUUUAUUAUUAUUAUUAUUAUUUAAAUAUUUGGAUAUUAGAAAAGUAGCUAAACUACAUACAGCCAAUUGAAGCACUCUACAUACUACUUGUACAGUCCAUCUUUUUGUGGUUUUAUUCCAGAAAUAUAUUAUAUAUAUUAUAUAUAUAGGUAUUUUUAAAACUAACUGGAAUUUUAAACAGGUGUUGAGCAGAAAUAAGGAAGCUUAAGGCAAGUUUAGAUGUUUUCCUUUGAAAAAACAGGCAAAAUAGGGUGGCAGGAACUUAGAUAUUCCUUCUUUCACCCCAGGGGAAAAAAUCUCUUGCUCCACAGUGACCAGGAUUGAAUCCUCCAAAAGGCUGAGAUUCUGUUCAAUUCAGUGGAUAAUUGACUAUUUCUGGUAGUCCUUGUGAAUAUUCUGUGCUGCAGCAUUAAAAAAUCCCACCCAAACCCCCCCUUUGCCAGGGAAUUGGUGGUUUCACUCACAUGUCAUGGCUGGAUCGAUGGUGAUUCCCAGAUUUCUGCUCUUGGGUCUCAUAAAAAAGUGAAUUUCAGGAUUUCUUGGGGGCUGCUGGUCCCUGGUGGGGCACGGAGGGACCGUCCUCGUUCCCCUGGGAUCUGCCCGGGGACAGGAUCUCCCAGCACCUCUUCAGGAGUCAGGAAUUCACGGGGAAUUAACAUUAGUUUGAGUCUCAUCAGCAAAUUAAACCCACAACCCCCCCGGGGGUGGAGAGGGAAGCACUUCCAGGUGGGAGGGGCCGAGCAACCACGUGGAUUUUGUCACCUGUCCCCUCAGCAAAGCCCCAUCUCCAUUCCCAGUUCAGCCCAGUUGGAGUUGGUUGAUCCCCAGCUGCUCUUCCCUCUCCUUCCACAUCACCCGGAUUUGCUUUUUGCCUGAAAACCCCUCCCUUUCUCAGCUCUUUCAGGCAACAACCCUCAAGCAAAAAAAAAAACAACCCAACCCCUCAAGCAAAAAAAACCUCAACCCCUCAAGCAAAAAAACCCCCUCAGCACUUCCCCCCAUCCCAGGAAGGUUUUUCCAUGUUUCCAGUGAGGGAGGAGCCGGGCUGCUCGCGAGGAGUUACCCCUCGAUUAACGAGUUACCCUGCAAUUAAGGAGUUCUAACUGCUCCACGGGAGUUACUCUGCUCCUAAUGAGUUAUACUAGGUUUCUGUGUGCUUCCAGAAAUCCGUGGGCUGCCAUCCCGAGAUUCCUGCCGACCCUGCGGAGCGGGAUCGUGGUGGGAGAUCUCUCUAAUCCCGGUGUGUUCGCUCACGUUUUGUGCCAUUUGUUGACCAUUUGCACUAAAAAUGUGUUGGUUUUUUUUUUUUUUUUUUUUUUCUCCUUUGAUCUCUUGGGUUUUCUCCUGUCUUUUUUUUUUUUUUUUCCCUCCCUCCCUCCCUCCCUCCCUCCCUCCCUCCAGAGGUUUUUCCCUCAAAUCUCCCGAAAACGUUUUGGGUUUUUUUGGGGGGGGCAGGAUUUAAGCCCGGUUAGUCCGUGUCGACUCUUGCUGGCUGCUCCUUUCAGAUGGCUAAUGCUUUUCCAGUUUAAGGAGGAGAUAAAAGGCAGCUCAUCCUGAAAAAAAAA